AUCUUUAUACUCCAGGGUUCGGCACUGUAGGGGUAUAUGCUGUUGAGGCUUCCCCCACUCUUGUUACUGCCUCACUAUCCACCAUAUCAUAUGGUGCUAUUACAACAAAAGUGGGGGAAGACGCUCACUCAGUCCUGCUCAGUCCAACUUAGUCAGUCGGUGUCAGUGCUGGCUUGCUCCCUUGCUCUAUGGAGCAAGCGUGCCAAACCCUGAGUUAUGCUAACGUCAGUAGUGUUUAAUAGACAUUGAGAAUCACUGUGCAAACGACAGUUACAAAUUGAAACGCGAGAAACAGAAGUGCUCGCAAACAUAUACGAUAUAACAGAGAAUAGUGAGGUUGAUAUUAGUUGUCAAGUCACAAAAUAUUCCACAUUGUUUCACAUAUUCACUUCUAUUUAUACAUAUAUUGAUAUGCACAUAAAUAAAUACAUCUUAUUAUUGAAGCCACCGAAGUAAAUGGCAGAUUGAUGAAUAGGUCAUAUGACAUGUGAUUUAUCAAAUUUUAAUUUUGAAACGACCAAGGAUACAAAAGAGUUAAUUGAUUGUUGAAUCGAAGUAUUGAAAUAUGGCACACGUGACAGAGACAAAAUUCGCGGAUAUUCAAAACGACGAACGAUGUCAGAAAUUGAAACGAGCUUUGAAACUUGCUUUGCUCAGGAAACAAAAUAAACAGGAUAGAGAUGAAUCGUAUAUGUUACCUAUGACACCUAUUAGUAUCUCCAGUAUCAAUAUGGAUGGAUUUGAUUCCACUACUAAUUUCCUACAAGCCUCUAGAAUUGGCAGCGAAGUUGUGUCUUCGAGCAACAAUCUAAGAAAUAUGAUCUUGAAAGGAAAUGAUAAAAAUGGUUGUAAACCAAUUGCUACAUCAAGUGUUAAAAAGUUCAAUACGAAAACUGACUCCGAUAAAGAUUAUUUGUUGAUGCCGCCACCUACCUUUGACUGUGUUCCUAGUACUUUUAAAAAGUCAAACGAUAUAACAACAACCAAUGAUGCCAGAAUUCAGUCAGUGUCAGAAAAUGAUACCAUAAAAGAAACUCCUGAACACGAUAAUGUUUGUUCCUCAAAUAUGAUUUCUGAUAUUGUUCAAAAUAGAAAAGUUAAGGUUUUUAAAGAUUGGAAAGUCAUGUUUAAUGGACAAGGGCAACUGGUUAUUAAAGGAAGAAUAGAACGUGGAAUAAUUGCUCGUAGUAAACCUAUCAUAAGGCGAUUGACAUCCACUAUUGUUGAAUCUAUUUGUAAACAUUUGUACCAGUUACAAGGAAAUAUUGUUGACAAUGAGUAUGAAUUACCAGAUUAUGUCAUUAAUAAAUUUUCUAACGGAUUCCCUGAUGACUGGUUGAAUGUUUGCGAUAUUUGGAGAGCAUUCAUAGACAAAGGAUGCAAAACAACUUUUCGUUGGCCUACCAAUGUCACUGAUAGCGACGAUGACUUAAGAAGCGAAAUAACAGACAUGACAUUUGUAGGCUCGAAUAGUCCAGAAAAUAAAGUUCCAAAGUCUUUAAAAGAACCGCGUACACUUUGUUCAGCUACUUCGAACGUCUUGCAGGCCCUGACAGAGAAAGAAAAUAAUAGUCCAUGUAAAACUAAUAUGAGUAAUUCGUUCACUCAAACAUCUAUAUCUGGCACGUGUCCCGUUACAUGGUUGAAUAACGACAAAGAGAAUUGCAAACAACAGGACAAUACGGCUUCGAAUUGUUUUUAUUCUGAAGAUGAAAGAAAUAAAUUGCGAGACAAAUUAAAUCUUAUUAUAAAUACUUUAACGGAUAAAAACGAUUCUAAAACAUGCCUGAAUAUAAUCAGUGAAUUACUUGAUUGGAUACAUCACAUUAUAUCAAAUGAAGCAGAUGAAAAUGACAAGUCCAAUAUAAAGAAUUCAAGAUCAAGUAGUAAUAAAAGCAGCAAUUCGAAAGAAUAUUGCCCAUCCGAAUCUAUUCCUUUGCAAAGUAUUACAGUGUUCGAUAGAAAUAAAUCUGCAACCGCAGACAGCCUUACGAACUGUAAUAAUUCGUCACAAAUAAACAAAACUUUCAACAGCAUGAAUAGAACUAAUGGUAGCAGUAGUUCCGAUAGCGAGAGUUCAGUUUACGCUGGUGUUCGCAAGAUAUCGGUAACACAGAUACUGCAUCGAAAAAGGCCAGUGAUAGAGUCUCCAAAACGUAAAAUCAAAAGAAGUAUUGCACAUCGAAAGUCAAAGAAAUCUUCAGUUAAAAGUCCUACCAAAACACAAGAGAUACUGACAAAAAAUAAUAGCAGGAAUCACGAAGAUUCUAGUAUCAGUAUCAUAGAAGACAACGAAGGUUGUUUGAAAUAUAAAAAACAUAUUGAUCCAAGCAAUGAAAGGAAUGUAUCUGUUAAGUCCAGUGCAAUUAAAGGAAACCAGUGGGAUAAAACGAAUGUCCAUACAAAUAACAAGACAUAUGAAGUGCGGGAACACUUCAUGCAGAAAAAUGUUUAUAGAGAUACAGAAAGUAAUAAUGAAGUGAUGGAAGGAAGUUCUUGUAUAGAAGCCUCUAGGAAGAGAGGUGAAACUAUGAAAUGCCAAUGUCAAAAGUGUGCAUCUCACGAACAGACUAGAGAACAAUUAUUUCGAUCCAGGGAAUUUAUAAACAAAGUUUCAAAACCUGACGUGAUUAGUUUAGUACCCGUUGUAAAUAGAGUCGACGUUACAAAUUUUAGUAUAAAUCCUAAAGGAGAAAACGUUUGUAUAAAACAAAAUAAUUCAGCUUGUCCUACUUCAAGGGAUUCUUUGAUGGUUGCCAUGUAUGAUAGUCCCAAUAAAAGUAAGAAUGUAAAUAAAUCAUUGAUGCAAGGAAACGAUGUGAGCAAAAAGAACACUUCAAAUGGAUCAAAGAAUAAUACCGCGAAUCCACCAGAGAAGUCAGGUAAUGCAAAAACUAUAGAGAAUUUAAAGGAAUUUGAAAGCAAUAGACAACGCAAAAUACUAACACGGAAGAAAAGAAGAAUCGUAGAACAUGCGUCGGAAUUGAGUGACUUCAGCGAUAAUACAAGCGUUCCUGUACAGAAGAAGCAAAAAGUUAAAGCGAAACAACAGGAAUUGUCCGAUUCUGCGGUUACAACAAACGAACAGGAUAAUCUGGGGAAUACGGAAAAUAUGUGUAAAUCUUGCUUAGACGUUGGACCGACGAAGUCAAUACCGAAAUCCACGAUACCGUCACCUUGCAGAACUAGACAAAUGUAAGGGAUUUAAGGCUUUCAAGGUCUAAGGUUCAACAAGAAUUUUCAGCUGUGAAUCGUCCCAAUAUCGUAUGCACCUACCAUAACAAUAUAUCAGUACAUAGUGUAUUAUCCGCUGAUGAAGAUUCUCAUGUAUAAAAUAACAUAUGUGCUUGCUCUAACACUGCCAAUAAAGUAAUGUAUACUGUUUCAUAUUUUUUUAAUAAACAGGAUAAACGAGUA